GCUGUGCUCCCCUGUAGAUGCAGCAGUGAUGAGCGGCGCUCAGAGGACUCUGUUCCAGGCGUGGGGCCAGAGCGGAGCCCCGAGGACCAGGAGCCCGCAGCAGCCUGAGAUUAAGCCGUACGCUGCUGCUGCAGAUGAUGAUGAUGAUGAUGAUGAUGUGUUGCUGGUGGCGGUGUGCGAGGCCGAGCGCAGUGCAGGGGAUCUGGGCUUCGACUACUCCGCCGGCCGUGUCUGGAUCUACCCCACCAACCUGCCGCUGAGAGAGUACCAGCUGCGAGUGUGUGAGGCGGCGCUGCUCCAGAACACACUGGUCUGCCUGCCCACCGGCCUCGGGAAGACCUUCAUCGCCUCUGUGCUGAUGUACAACUACUACCGCUGGUUCCCCGCAGGCAAGAUCGUCUUCAUGGCGCCCACCAAACCCCUGGUGGCGCAGCAGAUAGAGGCCUGCUACAGGGUGAUGGGAAUCCCACAGGAGCACACGGCGGAGCUCACAGGCUCUACAGCGGCUCCUCAGCGGCGCUCCCUCUGGAGCUCCAGGCGUGUGUUCUUCUUGACUCCGCAGGUCAGGUGUGUGGUCAUCGACGAGGCUCACAAGGCCACAGGAAACCACGCCUACUGCCAGGUGAUCCGGGAGCUCCGCAAGCAGACGCCGCAGUUUCGGGUUCUGGCUCUCAGUGCCACACCUGGAGGAGACGUCAAGGCGGUGCAGCAGGUGAUCUCCAAUCUGCUGAUCUCCCACAUCGAGCUGCGCUCUGAGGACAGUCCAGAUGUCCAGACCCACGUCCACCAGCGCAGCCUGGAGAAGAUGGUGGUGCCGCUGGGAGAGUCACUAACACACUAUCAGACACGCUACCUGCAGGUCUCAUCCCGGCUGACCCAGAUGCGGCUGCUGAAUCAGCGUGACCUCAGAGCCUUCAGCAAAUACCAGAUCAUACUGGCCCGAGAACAGUUCAGGCGCAACCCGCCACCGCACAUACAGGGUCCUCAGCAGCAGGGUGUGCUGGAGGGAGAUUUUGCUCUCCUCAUCAGUCUUUAUCAUGGGUUUGAGCUGCUGCUGCAGAUGGGCAUCAGGUCUCUGUUCCUCUUCAUCCAGAACAUCUUCACUGGACCCCGAGAGUCGUCUCGAGUGAGGAAUGAGCUGCAGAGGUGUUCACUCUUCAUGGAUCUCUACAGGGAGAUGGAGAACAUGUUCAACACGGCUAGCAGAGGUAACCUCACAGGACCUGAGGGAGAGCAGCGGACACCUGUUAAUGUGACACAAGGUAGAUCAAACCUCACAGGACCUGAAGGAAAGCAGGAGACAGAAGGUUCAAGAAGCAGAUCAAGCCUUACAGGACCUGAAGGAGAGCAGGAGUCGCCAGUCAAUGUCACGGGAAGUAGAUCAAACCUCACAGGACCUGAAGGAGAGCAGGCGGCGGGCGGUUCAGGGAGCAGCUGUGUGUUCCGCUGCUCUCAGGAUUUUUUCUCGGUGAACUUUGACCUGGGCUUCGAGUCUGAGUCUGAGGAGGAAGCAGCAGCAGGCGCCAGCGUCUCUGGGUUGACCUCUGACCUCCCACCGCUGACCUCUGACCUCUGCAGUGCAGCACCACAGCCCAGCGCAUCCACACCCAACCACCUGUACCUGCCUGCGCACAGAAGAACACACACACCUAUCCAGAGGAGGCGCACCUGCGCAGGUGUGUUUGUCAGUGACAGUGAGGAUGAGACUCAUCAUCAGAGAUUUCCAGCGCUUGAACUGGCUCCAGUCUUCUCUCCAGAGGUGAAGCAGCAGCAGCAGCAGUCUGAGAUGCAGGCGUUUUAUCUGAAGUCCGUCAGGAGUCCAGCGCUGCAGAAGCCGGUGCGCAUGACCUAUAAACCCAAACACAACCUCAACAUCUUCUCACAGGUGCCAGAACAGGACGAGUCGUAUGCCGAGGACAGUUUUGUGGUUGAUGGAAGCGAGGAGGAGGAUGAAGUGUCUGCUGAUGAGGAGUCUGUGGAGCUGAUCCCUGAAGACUCCUUCAUCGAUGGGAGGAGGCAGUACGCCACGCGCCGCAGGGCUCGGAUACGGCAGAUACGUGCGGCAAACCCUGCCACAGAUCAGCAGCAUAAAAACAAACGCUCCCGCAUCAUUCGCCCACAGGAUUCUAGCGAUGAGGACGAGGACCAACCUCAGACCCACAGUGUGUUUAAAGUCCCGCAGAGUGUCUGCCGUCGGCCCGAGCCGGAGAUCCAGAAGAGGCAGAGACUUGAAGAUCAGGCAGAGCUGUCAGAAGAGCUGGACUUCCAGACCCACAAACAGGCUCCUGACGCUGGGUUCCCAGUGUCUGCAGACGCUCCUCUGGCUGUGUUAGUGGACGCUCGCUGCAUCAGCGGCGGCUCAGAGCUGCUGUCGCUCCUGCGGAUCCGCCAUCAUUGGCAGGUCCACGUCUGCUCUCUGGGCAGCGCAGACUUUAUCAUCAGCAACCGCACCGCUGUGGAGUGGCAGAGCGAGUCUGAGGUGUCCAGCACUCAAAACCGCAGACGUCUGCAGGAGCGAAUGCAGCGUCUGCAGGCCACGUAUGAGCGCGUGUGUCUGAUCAUCCAGAAGGACAGAACCAGACCUGGAGAGACGGUGCGAGUGUUCCAGCGGAGCCGCUAUUAUGACUCCACACUGGCGGCUCUGGUGACGGCGGGCGUUCGGCUGCUGUUCAGUAACGGGUUCGAGGAAACCGCCACUAUACUGACCGACCUCACACAGGUGGAGAAGAGGAAAGGUCAGGCCAUACAGGUGCCACUGGAGGUCAAAGGGCACCGGCAGCAGGCGCUCCAGUUCUACCUGACGCUGCCGAACAUGAGCUACAUCUGUGCUCUGAACAUGAGCCACCGCUUCAGCUCCAUCAGCCACAUGAUCAGCAGCUCAGUGGAGGAUCUGCAGGCCUCGGCGUGUGUCAGUCGCUCCAGAGCUGAGGAGAUCUACCGCUGCCUGCGCUACAGCUGUGACCCGGUGCUGAUAAACCAGACUAACCAGACCUGAACCACUAUAGACUCUAGAAAACCAUGACCAGCACUGACAGAUCAUGUAAACCAGAUGACCCAGCACUGACUGACUCCAUAACCCAGCCUGAGCAGCACAGACUGACUCCCAGCAGCACUUUAUGCACGAUUAAAUGAGUGUGUGUGUGUGUGUGUGUGUGUGUGUGUGUGUGUGUGUGUGUGUGUGUGUGUGUGUGUGUGUGUGUGUGUGUGUGUGUGUGUGUGUGUGUGUGUGUGUGUGUGUGUGU